AUGCGACGUGGACUUCUCAUUUUCCUCAUCGCAAAUCUCAUUAUCGUCACAUUCCUCGUGCGCAGCGUCUUUACACUACUCUCCCUGCUAGUGGAAGAUGCUUCCGCCGACGCUAUCCACCGCGCCGAGCUCCCCUCGCCAAACUCCAGUUUGAUCGAGCAACGUCCUCAGAUCAUUCCCAAGAUCAUCCACCAGACAUACAAGAACGAAACGAUCCCGGAAGUGUGGAGGGAGGCUCAACAGAGCUGCAUUGAUUUGCACCCGGACUACGAAUACAUUCUCUGGACCAACGAAAAGUCGCGCGAAUUCAUCGCCAACGAGUACCCCUGGUUCCUCGAGACGUUCGAUGGUUACAAGUAUCCCAUCCAGCGUGCUGAUUCGAUCCGCUACUUUAUCCUCGCACACUACGGUGGCACCUACAUUGACCUUGACGAUGGAUGCAACCGCCGGUUAGAUCCUCUCCUCGCCUACCCUGCCUGGGUCCGUCGCACUGUUCCUACCGGUAUCUCCAACGACGCCAUGGGAUCUGUUCCUCAGCACCCCUUCUUCCUGCGUACGAUUGAGCUACUGCAGUCGUACGACCGCCAUUGGCUCCUCCCGUACAUCACGGUUAUGUACUCGACUGGUCCCCUGUUUUUGUCGGUGAUCUGGAAGGAGUACAUGCAGACCAACCCCAGCGAGUCUGGCCGUGUCCGCAUCUUGAUGCGCGAUGAGUACAACCGGUACUCGUGGAGCUUCUUCACGCACCACGUGGGCAACAGCUGGCACGGCAAGGAUGCCCGCUUGAUCUUCUGGAUGGGCCAGCACUGGGUGUUCCUCACCGUGUGCGGUUUCUUCCUCGCUGCCGUUGUUGGCUUCGCCCUCUGGUGGCUGUAUGCGCGCAUCAUGCUGUUGGGAUCGAAGUACCGUUACCGCUACUCGAAGAUUCCUUCCUUUGUUUCGAGUUCCCGUCUGUCUUCGCCGACAAGGAUGGGGCGGCGCAUGAUGCCUACCCUUCUUCGUCGCGUCAGCUUCAAGGAGGACGAAGAGGCUGCCGGCGUUACCGAAACGUCGUACGAACUCUACAGCAGACGCGAUUAA